GUGAAACUGCACGAAGGCCAACCGAGACGAAAUUGAAGACGUACCAAAAACCUUUUUAAUUGAGACAUUUAGGAAAUCGGGACGACAACUCGUGUCUUGUUCUAUCCAGCCAGACGCGGGACGGGUCCGAGCGAGAGAAUAGGGCGUUACUGAUGACUGGAUAAAGUGGAUAUUUCGUCUUCUUCUUCUGUUUUCUGGGAGUGACUGUUUUUUUCUCUCAGGAUGGCCGAGACGGUGAGGAUGUCGAGAUACGGAGAUCAUCAAAUAAAGAAGAAUCGCAAGAUGGGUGAAUAUAACACCUUCAUCUACAUAGACACCAAAGAGACCAAAGAGGCUAUGACAUCCCUAAUCAAUCCUUCCUACGAUAGUAACGCUAUCUCGCCGGCCGAUCAAGUCAACGCAAACACAACCACCACCAGCAACUCACUGUCCAACAAGCUUAGCGAUGCUCUGGAGAACGACAACAAAUCCUUAGGCCUGUCCCUGGACGAAGCCCUCAUAAAUACCAAUCUCACCUUCGAGUUCGACAACGGCGGAUCCAAGAGGAACUCCGGCUCGGAGAAGAGUCGAACCAAGUACGCCUCCACGGACCUCUCCACGAUGGGGAUCGGAAACCCUUUGGAAGCGUUGGUUGACAGCGACGGAGAGCUGGAUGAGAGACUCACCGUCGCUGACGACAACAUCCUGAGAGAGAGGAACAAGAAGAAAGCGGAAGCCAUGUUCGCUGACAUUGAUUUUAUAGACGACGGUGAAGAAGAUGAUUAUGAAGAUGAUGAGGAUGAGGAGGAGGAAGACGAGCAGGAGAUGAGAAACGAGGAUGAAUCAUCGAAAGACUGCGGGCGGGAAAAGGACUCUAAGAGAAUGAAAAUGUUGGACAAGCUGGAUGGAGAAGACAGAGAAGAACCUAAGGAUCCCGAUGCCGAUCUGGUCUCCCCCGAGGAGGAGGUCCGCGCCGCCAACUUGGGAGGCUUCCUCCGUUACUACGCAAACCUAGAAUCCAUUGCAAAGGGUCGGAUGGAGAACCCGGAUGAUGAGACAGCCUCCAUUAACGGGAGCAUCAGUGACUCGGACGAUGAGAGUGAGAUCAGAGAAGGAUUAUACGAACCUCCCCAGCACGCCACCCCUUAUGAUUCCGGUCCUUCGACCAUGGAUGAUGACAGCACUGACUGCGAGUCCACAUACGAGAUGCUUUACAACAGUUUCGGACUCCGUGUCCAGGAGGAAGGCUUUUCAAAAGAACUCCUCUCGCCGACAAACGGACAGCACGAUCACGGCUACGUGAGCGAAACCUCCAUAGACGACAAAGCUUCUCCCAUCAAACGUCCUGGUGUGCUGCUUCGGGAAGGAAGCAAACCAUCUCUGAGUACUCUGAUCGAGGACUCGAGGAGCUCGGACAAAGUAUCGCUGGACGACGAAGCUGAGUCUGGAGUUGAGAGUACCCCUGAACCCAAGACCAACAAAGACCCGCUUAAGAAGAGCACCUUGCAGAAGCCAACAUCUUUGCCUCCUGGAUGGAAGGAGGUUGCUGAUAUGAGAGGCACGUACUAUUGGCAUGUACCUAGCGGCACCACCCAGUGGAAUCCACCGUCGCCUGUGAAUGGUGAAUCUUCCACUAGUCCACCAAGGAAGCCUGCAAGAUCGCUGGAGAGGUUGAACACAGAAUCGGAGAGUCAGGAUGGAGGAGACGGGGAUAACAGCUUGAAGGACUUUCAGCAGUCCACAAUACGCUACGCUAACCUCAAACUGGGACCAGGCUCAGAGAAAGAUCCAGAACCACCGACAUCAAAAGAAAAGAGCCCGAGGGGUAUCCGCUUCCACGUCCGCUCCUUGGGAUGGGUGGAGAUGGAGGACUCAGAUCUCUCGCCGGGCAAGAGCAGCCUGGCGGUCAAUAACUGCAUCCGACAACUGUCCUACCGAAAGAAUGACAUCAGGGACACAGCUGGAAUCUGGGGAGAGGGCAAAGACAUGUACAUGGUUCUGGAGGAUGAAUAUUUGAAAUUGACAGACCCUAACGACGGAACGAUACUUAAUUCUCAACAUGUCUGCAGCAUCAGAGUCUGGGGAGUUGGUCGUGAUAAUGGAAGAGAAAGGGAUUUCGCUUAUGUUGCCCGAGACAAGGUGACCAAGCGUUACAAAUGUCAUGUAUUCCGCUGUGACAUUCCAGCCAAGGCCAUUGCCAACGCUCUGCAUGAGAUCUGCGCCAGGGUGAUGAGCGAGAGACAAAAGGGUCACACCAUCUCCAUGGUAACACAGGGUCAGAUGAUCCAGCAGCAGCAACAGCAGCAGCUUAUGCAAAUGAGGAGCAUCUCAUUGGAUAGUAAUAAGGAAGGCAUUCCAACAAGUGUUGAUUUCCCAACUCCAAAGGCUGAGCCAAUAACAGUAUUCCGAGCUCACUAUGUUGGUUCAACGAUGGUCUCAAGGCAUGGUGGAAUGGAGUUACUGAACACAGCAAUCAAUAAAGUAGUUGAAGAAAUACCGGAGGACCAAUGGACGCCAUCAAGAAUUGAGGUUGCUGUUUCUACUGUCACAGUCACUGGCAUUAAGAGCAAGGAAGUUAUUGCUGAAAACAGGAUACGAUUCCUAUCUUUCUUGGGUAUUGGAAAUGACAUCAGACAAUUUGCCUACGUCAUGUGUGUUGGCAAGCAGAAGUUCCAAUGUCAUGUGUUCAGCUGUGAGCACUCAGCAGGGGGUCUGGCUAAGUCAAUUGAGGCAGCUUGCAAGCUGAGAUACCAGAAGUGCCUGGACAACCGUCCCAAAGGCCACCAUCUGAUGUCAGAUCACUCCUAUGAUGGCAGGAACUGGGGCUGUGCCAUCAAGAGCGGAGUUCAAAAUCUCUUCAGUAAGCUGGGCAGACGAGGGCAGAAAGAGGCUCCCAUCAGUGCAGUGUAAAGUCACCGGUCAAGCAGACGGACGACAUCUAUGAGAGAAUUCACUGCUUAGGAGAAGAAGACAAAUAAUAAUCGUAACAUUUUGCGAUUUCUGAAGGUCAAUUAUGGACAUCCAUGAAAAUCAAAAACAGUGUUUGCUUCGACAAUGAAGUGUUUAUAAAGAAAUAAAUGUAUUCCGCAAACUGUGACAUGAUAAGACUUGCAAACGUUAAGAGUUUUAAAGAACAGGCAAUCUUUACUGUGUAUGCAAAUAUAUCUUAUUAGCUGUUAAAAAAAGGAUACCAAUUUUAAGCACAUCACUAGAUGGUGCAUUAAUUAUUUUACGUGUGCUAAAAAUAUCUCUAAUGGAACACCCUGUGUAUAUGAAUAUGUGUGUGUGUUUGAUGGAAGAUGGAUGAUCACUGCUGCUGGUUUACAAAAAACAAAAAAGUACUUGUGUUUCAAAAAUUAAGUGCUGAUAUUUUAUGUAAAGUUAAGAAGUUUGAUUUCGAAUCAAGAGCUCAUAAUUGAUGAUAAGAAUACAAUGUUAACUUUAUGCAAGGAUGUUGUCAGUUGAGGGCCAAGGGUUGCUGUGAUUCAAAUGUUGAUUUUUAUUUGGAUAAACUUUUCCUCUUAGACUGAGGAGAAAGUCUGAUCAUCACAAAGUGGAUAUGAAAGUGAUCCAUUUUGGAAAACCCCUGGGUGACAACGACACCUGCUGUGUAAGUUAAACAUUUAUUACCAUUUAAAAAUGGCAGUGGUUUCGAUUACAGUACCGAGGUCAUAUUUCUUCUUUUUUAACACACACACUGACUCCCUAGCUGCUGAAGAUAAUCAAGUUUUGAUUUCUUAUAACUUGGGCAUCUCUGUCCGUGCUGCAGACUUGCCAAAAUGCAUUCAAAGAUUAAAAACUCUGUAUAAUCUUUGGAAGUAAAACGUGAAAUUUUAAGCAGUGCAAUGUAAAAUAAGAAUAUUAUAGAGGGAUUUAUAUCGAUUUAUGAAAGGUAUUUGAAGGGACUGGUGAAAGUCCGGCUGCCACCCACCUAAAGACUGUCAGCCAAAGUCAGUAUCAGCUGAAAAGAAAUUAUUAUAUCGAUAAGAAUCGCACCGAAAUGUGAUACAGCCGUCCUAGUUACACUUUGUACUCACUUUGUAAAAUGUGCAAAUGAAAGAAACACAACUCAACUCUGUUAACCCUUUAAGAGCUAACAGAAAUUAAAAUUAACAUAUUUGGAACUAUCCAAUAUUCACUAAAAUCUUGUCACACAAAAUGUGAUAAUUCGAGCAUAAAUGUUUGGGCUCUGGUUUCGCAAAGAGCUCAGAUUGAUCUUGACUGUGAAUCAGUCUAUUAAUUGCUAAGCAAAGUGUGAUGUUUCAAUUGAAAAGCACUAUGGUAAAUACUGACAACUCGUCUUAAGGUUUGACAGGGCCCAAUUUUUUUGGGGGGGCUGCUUCACCACAAAAAGUAGCUAAGCACAACAAAAUUAUGCUUACUAGAAUAUGGUUACCAUCUCACAUAUACUAUCUGUGGGUGGUAGCCUGCUCAUUGUUACUAAGCAGCUCAACAAAACUGGGCCCUGAUAUGGAGUACACUGAGACAACAAACCUACGACAUUGAAAAGUAAAGUUGACCAAGCUGUCAAUACCGAUUGUCAAAAAGACAAAAGCUUUUGUCUUACUCAAAAACAACACACACUGCUUGGAUAAAAGCCUACCAUAUAUCAUUGUUUAUGAUAGCGUAGUGGCCCCUGACUACUUAUGACGCCAUUUUCAAAUGUAAUAAGCAGUGUAGCAAUAUGCUGAAUACAUGAUUUAUAAUUGGAUGCAAUUUCGAGCUGUUUUCACAUUGUGAAAUAGAUUUUUAUCAUGCCUGCCAUCUUGUUUAUUUUUGCACUAAAA